GGGUGAGUGCACCCACAUCCCCCAGGCUGUCAACGCGGCCUCUGAGGCCACUGCCUGCGCCAGCACACGAUCCAAGAUUGCAGCCUUCCCCACCCUUGAGGCGCAUGGUCUCUUGUGGGUGUGGCCAGAUGAUUCUCCCACGUCCUGGAUAGACUCUGCUGCUGCCUCCCCUGUUGUGGGCAAGGUCACUGAUCCCAACACCUUUUGGCUUGCCCUGGACUACCCCGUCAGCCAUGCCACCCUCCUGGAGAACACUUUUGACCCUGCCCAUGUGAAUUAUCUGCACAAUGGCAAGGUGGCCGUGGGCGUUGGGGGCGCAUACCUGCACCCUGAGGGUGCACGAAUUAUUCAUGACUUCCGUCAGGUUGGUGAGACCACAGCGAAUGGUGGCUUCUUCCUGACUCAUAGCACGAUGUACAAGAGCGCAUGGGACUACAACACCACCCUCGACUUCUGCCCCCCUUGCCUCAACAUAAUGACGUUCCUGGACCAGGAUGGGACCAUAAAGAACUUAGAGAUGCACUACGUGCCAAUGCGUCCGGGGCUGACACGGAUCAUGUUCAGCUCCACAAUUGUGGGGGGUCCCCCCGAGGGCUGGAAGCCAAAGAAGGAGUCGAUCGCUGAGAAGGUCUCAAAGACGGUGAAGAUGGCAGGCUUUGUCAUUGGGCAGCUGCCGAAGCUGCUGCUGCCAAUGUAUGUGCGAGUCGGUCUCUUUCACCUUGGGGAUGCGCUGUCCAAUCAGGACAUCAUUGCAGGACACACAGAGGACCGGCAGGCGGCAGGGAAUGGCGGCAGCUGGCGCAGCCAGUACCACCUCCCAACGCCCUCAAACGUUGGUGUCUUGGCACUGCGGAACUGGGUGGAUCGAUACGCGGGGGGGGGACCCACCUGGUUUGGUGACACAAACGAGCGUGAGAUCGUACUAAACAAUUCCCCUUCCGACCUCUUCAAUCGAUGGGAGCGCCACAGCAAGUGGUGCCCCUCCUGCCGCAAGUCCCUGAAAUGGUUUGGGAAGGUGGAGGUUGUGGCCUCGACGGUGGCAGCGGCGUUCUUUGGACUGGGGCUGGUUCUGGCCGCCAUCAGGACGGCCAGCCCGCGACUGGCAUUGGCGGCGGUGGUCGCUGGUGCAGCGGCGCUUCUCGCUCGUUUCCAAGUGCAAAAGCUUCGCAUGGCCUUCAUCAGUGCCAUUCCCAGCACGGGCAUCCCGGAGUACUCGCACGAAUGGCCCAAUUGA